AUGGGGAAGAACUAUAAACUCCUUAAAAGAACCGUUGAAUGGAUGUUAACAAUAAUACCCAUAACAACACCAAUGCAGACGCUUUAUCCCGCAUUAACAAGAUUGCAAAACCUUUCAGAAAUGGAUACGAAUAAUUACAAUCAAAUAAUCGAAUAUUUAAUUAAUUACACUUUCCCUCAAAAUUGGAUAAGCGAGCAACGACGACAAUUACGGCAACAAGCGAAUCAUUACAUCGUACAAGACAAUUUAUUGUUCAAGCGAAACAAGGAUGGUAGCCUAUUGUAG